UGGGGUAACUUGUGAAUAAAUGAGAAAGGUUAUGGUUUCAGUCACAGUUAAUUUUAUGUUUUAUUACGUAAAUGUAAAAAGAAGUCAUUUAAUUGAAUAAGAAGAAUUUUUCAAAUUAGUCAGAGUUUAUUCAGAUAAUCAUGUACUCUAUAAAGACACCAACACUACGCAUAGAUGAGGCAGAUUUAAAGUGCAAAAAUGGUUGUGGAUUUUUUGGUAAUGCCGAGUGGCAAGGAUAUUGCAGUAAAUGUCACAGAGAACAUCUACAGAAGCAGCGAGCUCAGAGAGAACAUGCUCAAGCUCAGGAAAGCAACACAAGCUCUAAGACAGCAGUACCUGGUUUCUAUAAAUUUGAAGAAAAGAAGCGACAGCAAGAAAAGAAAACUAAACUUUUGAAACUCUCUGUUUUCAGGAAGCCAACGACAAAAACACAAGGAGUCACGGAACUAUGGCAGGAGUUAGUUAAAGACAAUCCAGAACUUGACAAAGUCAAAUCAGAUAGCCGAGAUCUUGUAGUAUUGCUUUCAAAGACACCAGCUGAAAAAGAUGCUCGCAAAUGGAUACGUUCUUUUGUGCAUAAUAUUCUGCAGAAUAAAGACAUUAAAAGGGUGGAAGAACUUUCAGAACUUACGCAAAACUUUUAUCAAGUAUUUGCAAAACGUAUGGAAAACAGUCCCAAUUAUGCAGAAAUUGCUCCUGAAACUAAAGAGCGUUUGUUAGACUACAUCGAAAGGUAUACAAUGACUUUAUUAUAUAGCAUAUUGUUCUGUCCACCAUCAACCACGGAUGAGGAAAAGGAUUUGGCCAUUCAAAAUAGGAUUCGGCAGCUGAAUUGGGUAAGUGGGAAGAAUUUAGAAUGUCGAAUACAUGAAACUAGUUCGGAUGUCCGGGAGCUUGUUUACACAUCAAUAACAGAUUUAUUAAACAUGGACUCUGUCAAAGCGCCUCAAGAAAAAUUGGCCUGUGUUGUACAUUGCUGUAGAAAUAUCUUUUUACUACUUCAACAAUCUGUGGGUGGACCAGCGUCAGCUGAUGAAUUUCUCCCAGCGUUGAUAUUCAUUGUGCUGAAAGCUAAUCCCGCACGUUUGAAGAGUAACAUAAACUUUAUCACAAGGUUCUGUAAUGCUAGCAGACUCAUGACUGGAGAAGGCGGUUAUUAUUUUACAAAUCUGUGUUGCGCAGUAUCUUUCAUAGAAAACCUGACAGCAGAGUCGUUGAACAUGCCGGAGAAAGAUUUCAAUGCAUACAUGUCUGGCGCACGCGUACCAGCGAGCACCUGGGAAUCUGCUCUCACCAUGUGUGAGAGUAUACAUUUGAUGUGUGAACACAUCACGCUGCUGGAUGAACUGAAAAUAAAAAAUCUGGACAUUAUAGCGGAAGCCGAGGACCUCAAAAAAAAAUGCAUCCAAUUCCCACUGAGUAUAAAAACUGAAGUAGAUUCUGCAUUAGCUCGCACACCUCUGCUAAUUAAACAGAGUCAAAAAGUGCCGACUGAUCUGGACUGCGUGGAUGCAGAAAGCUACCAACUACCACCUCCAAUUAUACCACAGAUUUAUUCACAAACGUUGACUGACGAAACGGGCGAAAACUUAGCGUCGAAUUCCAUCCAGGCUGACGAUUAUAAAGGACCUUCAAUUGACGAUUGUAUUACUCCUUCACCUACGUUCGAUUUUCCUCCAUUUGACUCGGAUGGCGGUCUUCAUGGAAGUAAGGGAGAUGAUGAUACUAGCUUGAUAAGCUUAGAUACUCAAUGCGAUCUUACAACAGAGGAGUCGUAUAUUCAAGAUAAAGAUUCUUCCGAUAGUUUGCUGGAUCAAUCGCAAGGAUCAAGCGCUAAUUUGCCUUCUCUCUUAAAGCCAGUAUGUCCGGCGCGUGAAGAUUACCAUGGUUUUUCUAUUCAGGGCACUAACAUUCCCACAAUUCCAUGCAAUACUGGUGAUCUUUCUUUAAAUCGCUCCUCAGAUUUGGAUGGAGACAAUUAUUCCGGCUAUUUCCACAACAUUUAGAUAAGUAGUUGUCUAAUUCAAGGCUAUAUUCAGUCGCCAAUUGCGAUUUAAAUUCUUCAUUGCACAAAUUGAGGUACAAGUUUGAUCGUAUCUAGUCAGCUCCAACAGAUGGGAUCGUUACGUUGGCAUGCAGUAAAUCAAUGGCCAUAAAUCUUACAAGUUUUGAUUGCUUAUUGAGGUAAGAUUUCACGAAUCAAACACCAGAUUGCACAUGCAAUUCACGAGUUGGGUCAUUUCUGUUGUUGCACUUACCAUGAGUUAUGAAAAAAAAGAAAAAAAAAAAUUAAUCAUGGGUAUGUGAGAAAUUUUAUGAUAUCAGCUCAGAGCUAUAUUAAAAAUCGUGUAUAGAAAAGUCUAUUACGCCUGAUUAGGUUGGUCAAAAUAAUAGGAUAUUUGACACAGAUGAGGUAAAGUCUUAGACCAAUUAUAUUUUUAGAGUAGAAUUUUUGACAUAGCUAUGUCGUGUUGCAGCUAUUACAUGUUUUUAUCAUGAAUUGUCUUUGUCGAUUUGUAAAUCAAUCACUCUUCUUGAUUGAAAAAGCAUCACAAUUUGAAUAUUCGAAAAUCAUGGUUCUAUUGUAUAAUAUUCACUUACUGUUCCUUAACUUAUGAGAUGUGUAUCAUCGUAUUUGUACAUGAAUAAAUUCAUUUACAAUCUAUUCAACAGUUCAAAUCUUAAAUCUUCCAUUGAGGUGUACUGUGUAACCAGUAGUGUGAUCACAAAAUGUAAGGACUGAAAUAAAACUGCAGACCAUUUAGAUAGAUUAGUCAAAAUUUAUUCGGGGUGAGGUCAACGAAAUAAAUUAUUAGAUCUUAUAUUUUAUGUUCAGUUUACACGUAUACUCGGUAAAUAAAAUGCAAACCAGAACAUAA